UUCAUUCAGCUGCGACAUAAAAUUGACUGCACCAGAUAUAAAAAUGACAAAAAUCUGGAUCACAUUUUCGCUGCUCUUAUUAUCGGUUACUAUGUUCUUUGCCACUGCUACUCCAGCUGAGGGACAUCAGAACACCACAAUGGACUUUGCCCAGCUGAGUGUCACACGGAAUAAAAUCAUGACAGCACAGUAUGAAUGCUACCAGAAGAUUAUGCAAGACCCUAUUCACAAGAAGGAAGGUCCCUACUGCAACAGGACCUGGGAUGGCUGGUUGUGCUGGAGUGAUGUUGCUGCUGGAACCGUGUCGGUGCAGCGUUGUCCUGACUACUUUCAGGAUUUCAACCCAUCAGAAAAAGUUACAAAGAUCUGUGAUCCAAAUGGGAAUUGGUUUAGACACCCAGAAAGCAACAGGACAUGGACAAACUACACCCAGUGCAAUAUCUAUACACAUGAAAAAGUGAAGACUGCUCUGAACUUGUAUUACUUGGCCAUCAUCGGACACGGUCUUUCAAUUGUAUCCCUUCUGAUUUCUCUUGGCAUAUUCUUUUAUUUUAAGAGCUUGAGUUGCCAAAGGAUUACCCUGCAUAAAAAUCUGUUUUUCUCUUUUGUUUGCAACUCUGUUGUAACAAUAAUUUCACUGACAGCCGUUGCCAACAACCAGGAGUUAGUUGCAACUAACCCAGUUAGUUGCAAAGUGUCACAGUUCAUCUACCUGUACCUGAUGGGUUGCAACUACUUUUGGAUGCUGUGUGAAGGCAUUUACCUGCACACUCUGAUUGUGGUGGCUGUUUUUGCUGAGAAGCAGCACUUGAUGUGGUAUUACCUUCUUGGCUGGGGUUUUCCACUGAUCCCUGCCUGCAUACAUGCCAUUGCAAGAAGUUUGUAUUAUAAUGACAAUUGUUGGAUCAGCUCUGAUACUCAUCUGCUUUACAUCAUCCAUGGCCCUAUUUGUGCUGCUCUCUUGGUGAACCUUUUCUUCCUGCUGAAUAUCGUUCGUGUUCUCAUAACCAAGCUGAAAGACACCCACAAGGCUGAGUCCAACCUGUACAUGAAGGCAGUGAGAGCCACCCUGAUUCUGGUCCCCCUCCUUGGCAUCGAGUUUGUGCUGUUCCCGUGGCGGCCCGAGGGCCGGAUCGCGGAGGAGGUGUACGACUACGUCAUGCACAUCCUCAUGCACUACCAGGGUCUACUGGUGGCUACAAUUUUCUGCUUCUUUAAUGGCGAGGUGCAGGCUGUGCUGAGAAGGCACUGGAACCAGUACAAGAUCCAGUUUGAGCACAGCUUCAGCCACUCGGACGCCAUGCGCACGGCCUCCUACACCGUGUCCACCAUCAGCGACGUGCAGGGCUACGGCUACGGCCACGACUGCGCCGGCGAGCACCUCAACGGCAAGGGCUACCACGACAUGGACAGCGUGGCGCUCAAGACUGAGAAGCUCUACGGCUGA